AUGUCGUCGCCGACUAAGAAAACACCGAUCAAGUUCGCCCGGCGUACGUCGAGCGGCCGCGUCGUCAGCCUCUCGCGUGACGACGACAUCGACCUGGGCGUCUCCGGCGAGUUCACCUCCGCCUCCUCUGGUGGGCCCAAUGACUACAUGAACUACACCGUCCUCAUGCCCCCCACCCCGGACAACCAGCCGUACGCCGCCCCUUCAGGCUCCUCCGGCUCCCGGCCCGACGACCUUCCGCCGCCGGCCUACGGCACCACCACGAGGCGCGUGGGCCGGCGAGGCGGCGGCCAAGGCGAGGAGGGCGGUGGCGGCGGCGGCGCGGGAGAAGAUGCGGCGGGGAAGUUGGACCGUAGGAUGUCGGUAAUGAAGUCGAACAAGUCGAUGCUGAUGAGGAGCCAGACGGGGGAUUUCGACCACAACAGGUGGCUGUUCGAGACGAAGGGGACGUAUGGCAUCGGGAACGCCUUCUGGCCCAAGGACGAGGUAGAGUACGACGACGACGGGGUCGCGAUGAGCAUGUCAGAUUUCCUGGAGAAGCCGUGGAAGCCAUUGACGAGGAAGGUGAAGAUCUCUCCCGGCAUUCUCAGCCCCUACAGGCUUCUGGUGCUGAUACGGCUGGUGUUUCUGUCUCUGUUCCUGACAUGGCGAGUACGCAACCCGAACCAGGACGCCAUGUGGCUGUGGGGCUUAUCCAUCGUCUGCGAGAUCUGGUUCGCCUUCUCAUGGCUGCUGGAUCAGAUGCCCAAGCUCAAUCCCAUCAACCGCGCCGUCGACCUCGUCGCCCUCCGCGAGAAGUUCGAGAGCCCCACCCCCGACAACCCCCUCGGCCGCUCCGACCUCCCCGGCCUCGACGUUUUGAUCUCCACCGCCGACCCCGAGAAGGAGCCGCCCCUCGUCACCGCCAACACCAUCCUCUCCAUCCUCGCCACCGAGUACCCCGUCGAGAAGCUCUUCGUCUACAUCUCCGACGACGGCGCUGCCGUGCUCACCUUCGAGGCCAUGUCCGAGGCCGCCGCCUUUGCUCGCGUCUGGGUCCCCUUCUGCCGCAAGCACAACAUCGAGCCGCGCAACCCGGACAGCUACUUCGCCAUCAAGGGCGACCCUACGCGCAACAAGAAGUGCCCCGACUUCGUCAAGGACCGCCGCUGGAUCAAGCGCGAGUAUGACGAGUUCAAAGUCCGCAUCAACGGCCUGCCUGACGCCAUCCGCCGCCGCUCUGCGGCGCUCAACGCCCGCGAGGAGAUGCGCGAACGCAAGCUGGCCCGCGAGCGCAGCGGCGGCGAUUCCAACGCCUCCAAGGCCUCCGAAGCGAAGCCCGCCGUCAAGGCCACUUGGAUGGCGGACGCCACGCACUGGCCGGGCACCUGGGCGGUGCCGUCACCGGACCACUCCAAGGGCGACCAUGCCGGGAUCAUCCAGGUGAUGAUCAAGAACCCUCACCACGAGCCACUCUACGGCGCGCCCGGCGACCAUCCCUACCUGGACUUCACUGGCAUCGACACCCGCCUUCCCAUGUUCGUGUACGUGUCCCGCGAGAAGCGUCCCGGUUACGACCACAACAAGAAGGCGGGCGCCAUGAACGCCAUGGUGCGCGCCUCCGCCAUCCUCUCGAACGGCCCCUUCAUCCUCAACUUCGACUGCGACCACUACAUCUACAACUCGCUGGCCAUCCGGGAGGGAAUGUGCUACAUGAUGGACCGCGGCGGCGACCGCAUCUGCUACGUCCAGUUCCCGCAACGCUUCGAGGGCAUCGAUCCCUCCGACCGCUACGCCAACCACAACACCGUCUUUUUCGACGGCAACAUGCGCGCCCUCGACGGGCUCCAGGGUCCCAUGUACGUCGGCACCGGGUGCCUCUUCCGCCGCUACGCGGUCUACGGCUUCAACCCCCCGCGCGCCAACGAGUAUUUGGGCCUCUACGGCCAGCACAAGCGCCCGGCCUCGACGCGCGGGCCGCCGCCCAACGUGGGCGGCAUGGACGAGGCCGACCCCACCGCCUCCCCGGAGGCCAUGCACCCGGACCUCUGCACGCCCGUGAAGUUCGGCAACUCCAAGAUGUUCACCGACUCGAUCGCGGUGGCCGAGUUCCAGGGCCGGCCCCUGGCCGACCACCCGGGGAUCAAGAAUGGCCGCCCGCCCGGGGCACUGUUAACGCCCCGUCCGCCCCUCGAUGCGCCCACCGUCGCCGAGGCCGUGUCUGUCAUCUCUUGCUGGUACGAGGACAAGACGGAAUGGGGGCAGCGGGUGGGGUGGAUCUACGGGUCAGUGACGGAGGACGUGGUGACAGGAUACCGGAUGCACAACCGGGGGUGGCGCUCUGUUUACUGCAUCACCAAGCGGGACGCCUUCCGGGGAACGGCGCCCAUCAACCUGACGGACCGGCUGCACCAGGUGCUGCGCUGGGCCACCGGCUCCGUGGAGAUCUUCUUCUCUCGCAACAACGCCUUCCUGGCCUGCUCCCGCCUCAAGUUCCUGCAGCGUAUCGCCUACCUCAACCUCACCAUCAUCGUCAUCAACAUCGUGGCCAUGGUGGUGGGUUUCUCAAGGACGAUGUACAGCGAGAUUCCGCAGUGGAGCAAGCUUCUCGGGGGGCUCUUCUUCAGCUUCUGGGUGCUGGCGCACAUGUACCCCUUCGCCAAGGGGCUGAUGGGGAGGAGGGGGAGGACGCCCACCAUCGUUUACGUCUGGGCCGGCCUCCUCGCCAUCGUCAUCUCGCUACUGUGGAUAUCGAUUAGCCCGCCCGACAGUAACUCGACCACUAGCGGCGGAAUUGAAGUGUAAAUGAAGCAACCAUCCACGCACGCACGCAUGCAUGCAUC